GGCCCAGCGGGCGGAACCAAUUGUGUCUAGCACUCCGCUCGACGUGGCCGCCCGGACUCUGAAUCCCGGAGCGCCGGGCGCACGAGGACGCUGUUCUCCGUGCGCUUCCGGGCGCACGCAGUUCGGCCGCCGCCGAGAGGGCGGAAUUCCCGGUGCCGCUGCCGUCUCUGUCGGUGCGCCCGGUUCAGCCGCCACCAUGGGGAUCCUGGAGAAGAUCUCCGAGAUCGAGAAGGAGAUCGCUCGGACGCAGAAGAACAAGGCCACUGAGUAUCAUCUGGGCCUGCUGAAAGCAAAACUCGCCAAGUAUCGGGCCCAGCUGCUGGAACCGUCCAAAUCGGCCUCAUCCAAAGGAGAGGGUUUCGAUGUCAUGAAGUCGGGUGAUGCCCGUGUGGCGCUGAUUGGAUUUCCCUCUGUGGGUAAGUCUACCUUCUUGAGUCUAAUGACCUCCACAGCCAGCGAAGCUGCAUCCUACGAAUUCACAACCCUGACAUGUAUCCCUGGAGUCAUUGAAUACAAAGGAGCCAAUAUCCAGCUCCUGGACCUUCCUGGGAUCAUUGAAGGUGCAGCACAAGGGAAAGGUCGUGGCCGGCAGGUGAUUGCUGUGGCACGCACGGCUGACGUCGUCAUCAUGAUGCUGGAUGCCACUAAGGGAGAAGUGCAGAGGUCUCUGCUGGAGAAGGAACUGGAAUCAGUGGGUAUCCGUCUCAACAAGCACAAGCCCAACAUCUACUUCAAGCCCAAGAAAGGUGGUGGCAUCUCCUUUAACUCCACAGUCACACUGACCCAGUGCUCAGAAAAGCUGGUGCAGCUGAUUCUGCAUGAGUACAAGAUCUUCAACGCAGAGGUGCUCUUCCGAGAAGACUGCUCCCCGGAUGAGUUCAUCGAUGUGAUCGUGGGCAACCGGGUGUACAUGCCCUGCUUGUAUGUUUAUAACAAAAUUGACCAGAUCUCCAUGGAAGAAGUGGACCGCCUGGCCCGGAAGCCCAACAGUGUGGUCAUCAGCUGCGGCAUGAAGCUGAACCUGGACUACUUGCUUGAGAUGCUUUGGGAAUACUUGGCCCUGACCUGCAUCUACACCAAGAAGAGAGGACAGAGGCCGGACUUCACAGAUGCCAUCAUCCUCCGGAAAGGGGCCUCCGUGGAGCACGUGUGCCACCGCAUCCACCGGUCACUUGCCAGCCAGUUCAAGUACGCGCUGGUGUGGGGCACCAGCACCAAGUACAGCCCGCAGCGGGUGGGCCUGACCCACACCAUGGAGCACGAAGAUGUCAUCCAGAUCGUCAAGAAGUAGUGCCUCUUGCUGGGCGCCCUGCCUGCCCGCCCUGCCUCCCUGGGGAGUCGGCCCCAGCAGGACGCCCCAAAGCCCAAACAGGAAAAAUACAAAUACAUACACCCCAGGAAGGGGUCUCUCAAGUCUCUGCUGUCUCCAGAAGUUUCUUCAGUAGGCAGAUGAAGAGUGUUGGGGCAAAGGGACACGGUUGGGGGACCUGGGCUGGUCUGGUGGCAUUUCCCAUGAGACUGCCCCCUCGUGUUUGGAACCCUCCCCCUGGCCCCCUUCAGGCACGGGAGGAGCAAGUUGCCCGCUGCCCCACAGCCGGGGUCUGACAUCGAUGGCUUGCUUGGUGCUGGGGCUAGGAGCUGACCCUGCCCGGGUCCCUGGAAGCCGUAGUUACUGUUGCACCUUGGCCCUUUAGAGCCUGCUGGCACCUGGGGAGGGCGCCUCCCAGGACAGACCCUCGGCCCCACCCCAGGCUGCUUCACGGUGGCUGUAAGCCCCAGCUCAUGCCUUCCUCAGCCUGAGGAGUCCUAUGUACUGCCCUCCGAGGGCAGCCCCUGCCCAGCACGGACCCCAGGACCCAGAGCCUGCAGGGACACCUGGAGCAGAGGCUUUGGCUUUUGGUUUCUGUAUUUUUUUCUCUAAGCCCCUGGUCUCCGCGCUCCUUUCUGAAAUAAAGAGUGAAAACAAUUCCUGUUCA